AUGGCCUUUCCAAGAUCCAUGUGGCUGAACUGUGUAUGGAGAGCGAUGAUAGUCCGCCUGUUACACAUGGGAUUGAAUGCCACUUUUGCUUUCUCUAUACUUGGAUUUUUGCUUCACGCUGCAGCUGUGUCCUCCCAAAAAGUGGAUGAUACCAACCCAGUGGUGACCACCAACUUUGGCAAGAUAAGAGGGAUUAAGAAGGAACUAAAUAAUGAAAUUUUGGGGCCUGUUAUUCAGUUUCUUGGGGUUCCGUAUGCUGCCCCUCCAACAGGGGAGCGCCGCUUCCAACCUCCUGAGCCUCCGUCUCCCUGGGCAGAUAUCAAAAAUACCACUCAGUUUGCUCCAGUGUGUCCCCAGAACAUUAUAGAAGGCAGGUUGCCUGAAGUCAUGCUUCCCGUGUGGUUUACUAAUAACUUGGAUGUAGUUUCCACCUAUGUACAAGAUCAGAAUGAAGACUGCCUCUAUUUAAAUAUCUAUGUCCCAACCGAGGAUGUCAAAAGAAUAUCCAAGGAAUGUGCCAGAAAACCCGGCAAGAAAAUUUGUAGAAAAGGAGGUCCCCUUACAAAGAAACAGACAGAUGAUUUAGGUGAUAAUGACGGUGCUGAAGAUGAAGACAUUCGGGACAGUGGGGGACCUAAGCCUGUGAUGGUGUAUAUUCAUGGAGGGUCCUACAUGGAAGGCACUGGAAAUUUAUAUGAUGGCAGCGUUCUAGCAAGUUAUGGGAAUGUGAUAGUCAUCACAGUCAACUAUCGCCUUGGGGUACUUGGAUUUUUGAGCACUGGGGACCAAGCAGCAAAAGGAAACUAUGGCCUCCUUGAUCUAAUUCAAGCUUUGCGAUGGACUAGUGAAAAUAUUGGGUUCUUUGGUGGUGACCCAUUAAGAAUAACUGUUUUUGGAUCUGGUGCAGGCGGUUCAUGCGUCAAUCUGUUGACUUUAUCCCAUUAUUCUGAAGGUAACCGUUGGAGCAAUUCAACCAAAGGACUUUUUCAAAGAGCAAUAGCUCAAAGUGGAACAGCACUCUCCAGCUGGGCAGUUAGUUUUCAGCCUGCAAAAUACGCCAGGAUGUUGGCUACAAAAGUUGGUUGCAACAUGUCAGACACUGUAGAAUUGGUAGAAUGUCUACAGAAGAAGCCUUAUAGAGAACUUGUUGACCAGGACAUUCAACCAGCAAGAUACCAUAUAGCCUUUGGACCAGUAAUCGAUGGCGAUGUGAUACCAGAUGAUCCUCAGAUAUUGAUGGAACAAGGAGAAUUCCUUAAUUAUGACAUCAUGUUGGGAGUUAACCAAGGGGAAGGGUUAAAAUUUGUUGAAAAUAUUGUGGAUAGUGAAGAUGGCAUAUCAGCUAGUGAUUUUGACUUUGCAGUUUCUAAUUUUGUCGAUAACUUGUAUGGAUACCCUGAAGGCAAAGAUAUAUUGAGGGAAACUAUUAAAUUUAUGUACACAGACUGGGCAGAUCGACACAAUCCUGAGACCAGAAGGAAAACACUGCUGGCUUUGUUUACUGAUCACCAAUGGGUUGCACCAGCAGUGGCCACAGCAGAUCUUCACUCGAAUUUUGGAUCGCCUACGUAUUUCUAUGCCUUCUACCAUCAUUGCCAGACAGAUCAGGUACCUGCAUGGGCAGAUGCAGCCCAUGGAGAUGAGGUUCCUUAUGUACUAGGAAUCCCCAUGAUUGGUCCUACUGAAUUAUUUCCUUGUAAUUUCUCCAAAAAUGAUGUCAUGUUAAGUGCAGUGGUGAUGACGUACUGGACAAACUUUGCAAAAACUGGUGACCCAAAUCAACCAGUGCCACAAGACACAAAAUUCAUCCAUACAAAACCAAAUCGUUUUGAAGAAGUAGCAUGGACCAGAUAUUCUCAGAAAGACCAACUGUAUCUUCACAUUGGAUUAAAACCACGAGUUAAAGAACAUUAUAGGGCCAAUAAAGUGAACCUUUGGUUGGAACUGGUACCUCAUCUGCACAAUCUUAACGACAUUUCACAGUAUACCUCUACCACAACUAAAGUGCCAUCAACAGAUAAUACUUUCAGACCAACAAGGAAAAAUUCUGUUUCUGUUACUUCAGCCUUUCCUACAGCCAAACAAGAUGAUCCCAAACAACAGCCAAGCCCAUUUUCAGUGGAUCAAAGGGACUAUUCAACAGAAUUGAGUGUUACUAUUGCAGUUGGUGCAUCUUUGCUGUUCCUGAACAUUUUGGCCUUUGCAGCAUUGUACUACAAAAAAGACAAGCGGAGACAUGAUGUUCACAGGAGAUGUAGCCCACAACGUACUACUACCAAUGAUCUUACUCAUGCACAAGAAGAGGAGAUAAUGUCCCUCCAAAUGAAGCACACUGACUUGGAUCAUGAAUGUGAGUCCAUCCAUCCACAUGAGGUGGUUCUUAGGACCGCCUGUCCCCCAGACUACACGCUAGCUAUGAGAAGGUCUCCUGAUGAUAUUCCCUUAAUGACACCCAACACCAUCACAAUGAUCCCCAACACUAUACCAGGGAUUCAACCCCUACACACAUUCAAUACAUUUACUGGAGGACAGAACAAUACUCUGCCCCAUCCUCAUCCCCACCCCCAUUCACACUCAACAACCAGGGUAUAG